AUGGCUGAGACAUUUGAAGAUUUAGCUACACUGAAUGAAUUUAGUGAGACCUAUCCACGAGCAUCAUGGUCUCCUGAAAUUUAUAAUAAAUACAAAAACGUGUACAAUAUUUAUUUGAACAUUGAUUUACAUUCGGUUAGUGGUCGUGGAAUUUCCAUUACUGCUGCUAAAGCAAAUGCAAUAAGGCAGUACAAUGCCAUCGUUUCUUCUGAAAAAAUGAGUAAUAGAAAAAAUAAAAUAGAUGGUUCAGAAAAUAUGAUGAACAAUUAUGCACCAUCAAAUUUUUUAGUUAAUACAUCUCAUUUUGCUGAAGAUACUCAGCCAUCUGGUAAAGUAUAUAAUUAA